AUGGCUUCAGCACAAGAUCUUAAUCUAAUCCAACAAAUGGAAGAACUACUGACAUGUUCGAUUUGCAAAGGUACUUUGAAUGAACCGACAACACUUUCCUGCUUCCAUUCAUAUUGUAAACAAUGUAUUUCAAGGUAUAUCGAAAUUCAAAGGGAGAAAGCUCAGCAAGAACAUACAGCCCAGCAUCUGUUCAACUGUCCGCAGUGUAGAACCCAGUUUGAACUGAAGCAAGGAGAAAGCGUGGAACAAUUUCCAUCCAACUAUUUUAUAAACAACAUGCUGGGCAUAUUGAAAAUACAACAACAAGCUCAUAAACUAUCUUGUGAAUCUUGCAGAGCUCAACUACCUGCCGCAUGCCGAUGUAUUGAUUGUGAACGUUAUCUGUGCAAGAACUGCCUGACAACACACAACAACUGGCAUGAUUUCAAUGACCAUGUUGUUUUAACUUUGGAAGAGCUAGCAAAACCUGGAAAUCAGACUAAAUCGAAAGAGAAGCUCCACUGCCAGAAACAUGGUCAUGAGAAGAAAGCCUAUGCAUUUUAUUGUGAUACAUGUCAGGAACUGAUUUGUAUUAAUUGUGCCGUCUUAGACCAUCCCAAACCUGAUCAUUCAUGCCAACCACUUAACAAAGUCGCUGAUGAACACAAGACAUCGUUGAAGAUAACGUCUCACAUGUUACAGAAGAAAUCAAACGAAGCUCAGAAUACUUUGAAAAAAAUAAAAGAUGCUGCCCAAUUCCUCGAGGGCAGCACCAAGAACGCAAGAGAGGCCAUUUUGAAGCAAAAUGAGGAAAUUUUGAACGAAUUUGCUCGGCAGCUCGGAAUAAAAACGAGAGUCUUGUUUGAUGAGGUUGACGAGAAUUACCGCUUGGUCAACGAAAUCCUUGACAAACAAACCAACUACAUGAAAGCCUAUGUGGAGAAGGUAAACGGCUCACUGGAUUUGGCGAAGAAUCUGGUCGAAAAUGGUAGUGAUGAAGAAAUCCUAUCGCUUGGAAAAAAAAUCGAGGUGAAUGCCAAUGACAUCGAGAAGGAAUGUCCAAAGUUGAUGCAGCCAGCUCAUAAUGGUAAUAUUGAAUACCGGGCAAAUUUAAUCAAAACCAUUGUUGACAGAAUAAAUCUGAAUGAUCUGGGGAAUGUAGGUAGGUAAAAUUUAAUAUAUAUUUUCAAAAAUUCAGAUUUAUUUAUAUAUACAUAAUUUAAUUAACAGAUGUCUUUCAAUCAGAUUUGUCCCCCCAGCCAACGCCGCACAGCGCCGUUCCGUGCGUAAGCCCGGGCGAGGGUGCUAAUUCCGCUUGGCUAUUUACACCCGGGGAAAAGGAAAGAAUUAGCGAAGUGUGAAGUUCAUCAAACAUCGCGGGCGUCUGGCCAUGAUCCAAGGGCGGACCUCCCACUGAUCUCAAAAAAAUAGCGGGCUGUCAUGGAAAUGACGAACACCGAUUGGUCAAAUUUAAACUUCGCUUUAUGAUGACUGCAUUACGACAUCAUCAUCAUAUUAAUAAACACUGUUUGAAAAUAUAUCUGCUUUUUAAUCUGACUUUUACAAGGGUUCUUUUGAGAAAAAUUUAAAAAAAUCAAUUAAACAAAUAAAAUAUUAAAGAAAAGUUAUGGAAUCAAACGAAAACCAGCAAAACAACGGAGAAAAAGGCGAACGACUUGCGAACAAAGACGUCGACGUUUACUACAUGAAACGGCGUUAAGAGACGUGCAUGCAGCCAAACAGUUUAUUUGUUCAUAUAAACAAUCAGGGCCGUAACUAGACGCGAUAAUUGUGUGUGGGGGGGUCCAUAUUCAUAUAUUCGUGUUCUGCCCUACUGAGUUCUUCAGUUUGAAAGCGAUUGUUUUUACGGUAUGUAAACAUGGAUAUAUGAAUAUUCACCCCCCCCCCCAAUUAUCGCGUCUAGUUACGGCCCUAAACCCAAUGAACGGUAAGUUUGUUUUAAAUAUUGAUGUAUUUUUUGCUUUACAAUUGCUUUAAAAAUAAUGCAUAUAAUUUCAGUGUAUUUUUAUUAAUUAUCCUGUCUUAAACUUUAAAUAAAGAAGAAAGCAAAGUUAUUUUCAUGCGCCGAUGCAAGAAUUUGAAAUAAUUUUAUUUUAAACUCAACUGAGUUUAACGAUGUAAAAAGGCAGUUUAGUUUUAAAGAACAUUUUAAAACCUUUUUGCGAAGCGUUUGCCGUUCGUGCAGGUUGAAUUAUAUAUUAAAUUGAAGUUUAAUUACGUAUAAUAACAUACUCAUAACAUGCCUAACAUAAUAUUUUUUUGGAAAUUGAUAAUUUUGUGAUUAAAAGUGAUAUUGUAAGCGGAUUUUUCAAUUUAAAAAAAUAUUGUUAAUAAAAUUAUCUAGAAAACCGAUGGGGGGGCGAACUAUUAAUGAUUACUAUGAUUCAUUGGCCAGUCUGAGGUAACGAGAUUUCGUGAGGGGAAAGUUCGAGCUUAGUUGCAACAAAAUGAGCUUGGCGGUAACAAGUUUAGACUGACAACUUGAGCAACCAAGGAAGAAGCAAAUAAAACAUUUUUUUUCCUUUUCUUUAUGCCAUUACAUUCAAACUUUGGUUUGAAAGCAACCACUAUGGGCUAUCGCUGGAAAGUUGGAAUUCUACGUUCAAUGCAGAUUGCCCAAUGUCUUUCUGUAUAAUUAGAAUUGUGUUUCACUUCUAUUCAAACCUUGUUUUGUUUGCAGUAAAUGGAGCACCACCACAAGUUGCUGCUGCCAAUCAAAAUUUACCAUCUGGGUAGGUAUUAUAAUAAAGAUUUCCUCCUCAUUGGGGAAAUGAAGACAGUAAUCCAGUAUGUCAUAUAAAUUGUAUAAAGUUAGCUUGAUUUAGGCGUCCUCCUGCUGUACCUAAAGUGAACUAAAUUAAACUCCCUGUAGGUUAUACUAAAUAUGGUCCUAUCAGUUUUAAUUUCCAAGCUGUUACUACUGUACUUUAUUAUUAUUAUUAUUAAUUAAUAAUAAUAAUAAUAAUAAUAAUAAUAAUAAUAAUAAAGUAGUAACAGCUUGGAAAUUAACUGAUAGGACCAUAUUUAGUAUAACCUACAGGGAGUUUAAUUUAGUUCACUUUAGGUUCGUACAUUCCAACCAUGAGGAACAUUAAAGGAGGCCAAGUGACGUGAGUGAUACCGAAUCUAUAAUAGUUGUAUAUAGUCUAUCAUCACUAAGCCAGUAAUUUACCUUUCUUUUCCAGCUGGGAACAAAAGGCUGAUCUUCAUGGCAGGGUUUAUUAUGUUGAUCAUGUUACCCGCACUACAACAUGGAGACGACCUCAAACACCGUUAGGCUGA